UUACUUAUGUUAACCACCAAUAUGAUAAGGAAAGAAUUGAACUCGCAAAACCAGUACGAAGCAGGACUUGCAUUGACAUCUUUGAGUUGUUAUAUUAGUAUCGAUUUAGCUAGAGAUUUAUCAAACGAUAUUCUGACUCUGCUUAGUUCAACCAAACCUUACAUAAGAAAAAAGGCUGUUUUAAUGAUGUAUAAAGUAUUUUUAAAAUAUCCUGAAGCCUUAAGACCUGCCUUUCCUAGGUUGAAGGAGAAAUUGGAAGAUGCCGAUCCAGGAGUACAAUCUGCUGCAGUAAAUGUAGUGUGUGAACUAGCAAGGAAAAAUCCAAAAAAUUAUCUCAGCCUUGCUCCAGUUUUUUUCAAGUUGAUGACGACUAGUACAAAUAACUGGAUGCUCAUAAAAAUUAUCAAAUUAUUUGGUGCUCUUACCCCCUUAGAACCUAGGCUAGGCAAAAAAUUAAUUGAACCAUUGACUAAUCUUAUACAUAGCACUUCUGCAAUGAGUUUACUUUAUGAAUGUAUUAAUACAGUCAUUGCUGUCCUAAUAAGUAUAUCAACUGGAAUGCCUAAUCAUGCAGCCAGUAUACAACUUUGUGUACAAAAAUUAAGGAUACUUAUUGAAGAUUCCGACCAAAAUCUCAAGUAUUUGGGUUUGUUAGCCAUGUCCAAAAUCCUGAAAACACAUCCAAAAAGUGUCCAAGCCCAUAAAGACCUCAUUCUGCAGUGCAUGGAAGACAAAGAUGAAUCUAUUAGAUUGAGGGCUUUAGAUUUGCUCUAUGGAAUGGUCUCUAAAAAGAAUCUAAUGGAAAUCGUGAAAAAACUUAUGGUACAUAUGGACAAGGCAGAAGGUACCAUUUAUAGGGAUGAACUGUUGAGCAAAAUUAUAUUGAUAUGCUCACAAAAUAACUAUCAGUUUAUUACAAACUUUGAAUGGUACAUUACAGUUUUAGUGGAGUUAGCGCAGAUGGAGUUUGGUUCCAAACAAGGUCAUAUUAUUGGUGCUCAGAUUAUGGAUGUAUGUAUACGUGUGCAGGCAAUAAGAUGUUUUGCUGUGAAUGAAAUGGCCCAAGUCUUAGAUGUGUAUACUUCAACUUCACAGUUUACGAUCAUGCAAGAAGUUUUAUAUGCAGCUGCAUGGCUUUGUGGAGAGUUUGUAAGUGAACUGAAGGAUAUGGAAAAAACCUUGAAAUCGAUGUUGAAAUAUAAAGUUCUACCACAACAUAUUGAAUCUGUUUUCUUACAAAACAUCCUCAAAAUAUAUGCUCAUUUAAUUGGAAAAUACGAAAUUGAAGAAAAGUAUGAUGAAAUACUUAAGGUUUGUGAUAUGGUGACAGAAAAAAUGAAUGAAAGCAUCAAAUCUGGAGAGUUAGAAGUUCAAGAAAGGGCCAGCAUUUCACUUUUUGUAAUUAAAAUUGUUCAUGAGGAGAUAUCAAUGAAAAAGACAAUAAAAACCUCUGAAAUGCCUGCAUUAGACAGUUCAUCUGAAAAUAAUGUUAAAUCAAUUUCUGAGGAAUUGAUCAGCAUGUUUUGUGGUGAACUAAAUCCAGUAGCUCCCAAAGCUCAGAAGAAAGUACCUUUGCCAGAAGGCCUAGAUCUUGAUGUUCCCAUAAAUGACCCAAUAGAGGAAUCUGAAACUGACAGUGAACCAGAAAUAAUGGAAAAUCUCUUUAUAAAACCAGACAAAGUUAAAUCUAUUAUUUAUCAAUCUGAACCGACAGAAGAGGAACUGAAAAAGCUUUCAAAAUUUUCCGCGAACUCUGUGAAUCAAAUUGGAGACUUUCUUAGCAGGGUUAUUGAUUUUGAAAACAUUUUCAGUUCCUCAGAUGAUGAUGCAAAUCAAGUACAAGCAAUAGAAGUGAAAAGGGAUAUGGAACUGCCCGAGGGAGCUACGCUUUCUGAUUCUGACAGUGAUCAUGCCCAAAAGGACGAUCCCCACAGAGCUCUGGACAUUGAUUUAGACCUGCCUACACUUGAUUAUUCAUCUAAACCUGAGAAACAUAAAAGUGAUAUCAAUGUUAGGAAGGAUAAAAAACAUUCUAGAAAGAAGGGAGAGAAAGACAAGUAUAGUAAAGAAAAAUCUGCCAAGGAAAAUGUGACUUCUAAUUUACCAAGUUCAGAGAAACAAAAGAAGAAGAAAAGUAGCAAACACAAGGAAAAGCCAUUCAAGGAACCAGUAGAAGCAAAUCUGUUACUUCUGGAUGAUGAGGUUCCUGCAAAAGUCGCCGAAGAGAUAAAAAGUGUAAAGAAAGAGAAAAAGACCAGAGAUAAAAAGGAACGAGGGAAAGGAAAAUCCAAAAAGUCUUCUUCUGGCUAUGAGGAAGCUGUUGGAAUUUCAACGCCUAGUAAAGAAUUCCAGUAAUAUGGGUUAUUUUAUAUACAGAUUUAUUUUGUUUUGUUAUUCACUUAAUAUAUUCAAGGUAAAAUACUCUCUCUAAAGUGAAGAUCCCACAUUAUGUUUUAAGGAUAUAUGUUGAUAACAAACAUACCAACACCUUUAAAAUGAAUAUAGUAGUAUUUUAAAAUCAUAACAAAACUCGCUAAUUUACUAGCGAAGUUAUAUACAUUUCAUGGUCUCUUAUGAUUUCCAUUUCUAAUAAGAAAAAGACUAACUAAUAAUAAUAUUGGAUUAUUGCUUUAUUGUAUUCCUGAUAGUUUAUUUUGAAAAGUAUAAUGUCCAAUUGAAUCAAUAAAUUAUAUUGUUUAAUAA